AUGGACAGACGCUACCUGCUGGUGCUGGGCUACGUGUGCGGCGCCGUGGCCGCCUGGUUAGAUCCCUCGUACGUGGCACUGCACGCGUCGCGCGGCCUCGAGACGCCCGAGCACCGGCUGUUCAUGCGCAGCACGGUGCUGGUGGCGGACCUGCUGGUGUUCCUGCCGGCCGUGCUGUGUGUCACGCUUAACGUGCUGGCUGUGUUCGCGCUGUAUCCCGGCCUUAUGCUGAUCGACCACGGCCACUUCCAGUACAACGGCGUGUCGCUGGGCCUGACCGUGGCGGCGGUCGCGGCGCUGUGCACGAGAAAAGUAUACUGCUGGCUGCUAUUCCGGCCUGCAUGCCUCUUCCCCGACUACCCGCUCUCGUGCUUCUGGUUCCUCACCGCUUCAACACUGAGCAUGCUGCCCUUGCUGCUGAAGGACGGCCUCCUGCUCGCCACCAUCGCCACCACCGUCUUCUUCAUCGUAGCCGUCAACAUGACGACGGGUGUGCUGGACUCCGCCGGCGCGCUACCCGAUCUCUGGGCCGUGCUCAUCUCGCUCUACUCGUUCGUCCAUUUUGCCGGCUUCUUCUUGUAUUUUCACCUGAUUCAGUUCCAGUUCUUCGACGAGAAGUUUAAGAUAUGCUGA